AUGCCCAAAAGCGAGGCGAGUGAAGCCAAAGCCAAAGCCGCCACAAUGAUAACCAACAAUAAUUUGGAUUAUGAGAAGAGCUCAACGGCAGCAACAGACACAGCGACAGCAACAAUUGCUGGCGGCAGCAACAGCAACAGCAAUGGCAGCGCCAGCAGCAGCAAUAAUUCGUCACCAACUGCCGACAGUUUGAACAACUCCAAUUCGAAUGUGAACUCGAAUUCGAACUCGAUUUCAUAUUUUAAUCGCUUCGACAAUCGCAUUGCCGCCAAUCUGGCAGCGGUUAUAACUGGCGCCCGCUUUCGCUCCUCCUCCUGCAACAGUCGCCAGCAACAACAAUUGGGCAAAGUGCAUGAUAAUGCCAGGAAUACAGCAACGACAGUGACAAGAUCCUCUCAGCACCAUUCGAGCAUGGCGAGGGGCAGAACAGCGACACCUUUAUCGCCAGCCACCUUGGGGCGACGUCGUCCAUUGCAGCUAUUCACCCAGGCGAAUCUCAACUGCAAUGACAACGAGAAGGUGGCACAAACGCCCAGUUCCGAUGAGGACAACUCACCCACAGAGCUAAACAAUUGCAAGCGUUUGACGGACAAACCACCACUGGUUAAGCGUUUGACCAUGGGUCUGCUGCGUCACAACGAGGAGUCACGCCCCCUUGUGGGCAAUGUGACGCCCAUGAGCGGAGCUGCCUUGAAAGGCGAGGACAGUCAGCCCAUCUACUCAAAUGGCUACAUCAAUGAGGACUCCUAUAUCGACAGCAAGUUUGGAGACUCCUGUCGUCAAUCCUUGACGGCCAUUCCCAUGCUGGACAAUGUGAAUCUCAACGACAACAGCGAGUUUAAUCUCAAGAAGCGUUAUCUGCGCGAAACCAGCAGCGCCAAUUCCAGUCCCAAGAUCUUUGCCAAUCGCCUGCGGAUGAACAAUGCGGCGGCUGCGGCGGCGGCAACUCUGGCCGCCAAUCAACGGAGCAGCAGCCUGGCCAACACACACAGCAGCGAGGAGGAGGCGGAUGCCGAGCUCAAGGAUGCCUGUUGGUAUCAGGCGGGCAUCUCGCGGGACAUUGCCGUCGAGGUGCUGCAGAGCAAGAGUCCUGGCGCCUUUCUCGUACGCAAGAGCAGCUCCAAGCCAGGAUGUUAUGCUCUGACUCUGCGUGUUCCCUCGCCUCCGGGUCCCAACAUUGCCAACUACAUCAUUUUGCGAUCACCGCGAGGCUACAAGAUCAAGGGAUUUCGCAAGGAGUUUUCAAGUCUCAAGGCAUUAAUAACCCACCAUUCCGUGAUGCCGGAGCUGCUGCCCGUGCCUCUGGCCAUGCCCAGACCCACAAAUAUAUCCUCCUCGAGACGAAAUCUGGAUGACUUUGAUACCUAUGAUUCGCUGCAGAUGCUGCUCAAGUAUUUGCGAGCCAAGAAUCUGGAGGCGGAGCAGUAGCAAAAGUUUUAAUUCAGGAUCUUAAGGAUCUCUUACUAUAAAUUUAGCACAAUAUUACAUUUAGACUUAAGCAUGGGGCAAAAUCAUUUUGCUUGAAUAUUCUAUAACAAAAAUGUGAUAAUCUAUAAAGAAAAACACAAACAUAUAUACACAGUUACUCACAAACACGUACACACGCACACAGAGGACACACAAAACUCACACGGAUACUGCAAAUGAAACGCCUAGCUGAUAAAUGGUGAAAAUAAUUCUAGUUUAGUUUCGAAUUUUGGCUAUAAAUAAAAGCCCCCAAAUU